CAAAAUCACAUCUUUUCACACACACAAACACGCACUAACAUCAUUAAUUUCACCUCUCUUCUUUUUACACCAUUAAUUGAUUUUCCUCCUAAGUUAAAAGAGAGAUCAAAUAAAAAUAAAAAUUUGGGGAAAAAAAAAAAAAAAAAAAAGAAAAAAGAAAUGGGUACAUCUCCUAAUCGUACAGUCUAUAUAAACCCCUAAACAGAGUGUGGAAGAAAGAGAAUAAAACCCUGUCUUCUCAAACAAACAUAAAAGAUACAAACUUUUGUAACGGCGAUGGAAGGUUUAAGGAAUUGGCCGGCCGGCUGCUCACCUGAGGGUAUUCAAUCCCAGUCUUUUGGCUUCCACCCUGCUAUUAAUCGCCGGAGCUUGUCGCCGGCGUACGGGCUUGCUGGGGCGACCGGAAUAAUUCCCGAUGAUCAAUCCCUUUUUUCUGCCUUUUCAAGACUCGGCCUUUCGCCGGGUCUUCCGCUCCCAGUCCAGCCGAUGUUAUCUCCCUCGGCGAUUCCUGAGGGAGGAGGGUUUCCGGCAGCUGACGGCUAUUGUACUCCAUUCAACUAUGUCGAUAAAGGAUUUGGCAAUGUGGGUUUACAAGGGGGCUUGCCGGGGUUCGAGAAUUAUCCGGACCAGAGCUUGGGCUUCUCCGGGGCCCACCCGAAUGUGAUGGUGGGUCCGGGUCCCUGGGAUUGUGGUGGCACUGGGGUGGUUUCCGGCUUUGGUGGUGGCAUUCAGGGACAGCCCCGGUAUGAAAAUUGGUCUCGCUUGUUGAGUACCCAGUUGAACGCCGAUGAUAAUGGUCAAAGACUCAAUGAUCAUGCCUAUGCUUGCUUGCUCUACAAGCAAAUGUUGUCUAGGAGAGUUAAUGCCCAAUUCCCCGGUUUGCCCCCCAAUCAGAAUGGUGUUUCGAGGCUGAAUCUCGGCUCACAAGUGAAUGGCUCUGUGUGGAAAGAUUCGAGUUCAUUUUCGCCUAAUUCACAACGUAUUCGACAAAAUUAUGCCAGGAAUAAGAACCCAUUUGAUGGAAUUUCGUUGCAGGAUAUGAGGGGAAGAUUUGUGUCAAUAAGUAAAGACCAUAAUGGGAGUAAGAUUUUGCAGGCUAAAUUGGAUGAACCAAAUGCUGAAGAGAUUGAAUUGGUGUUGUGUGAGGUGAUAGACCAUGUUGCAGAUUUAAUGAAAAAUCAAUCUGGUAGUUAUUUUGUACAGAAGCUCUUCGGGGUGUGUACUGAAGAACAGAGGACCAGGAUUAUUGCGGCUAUUACCAAGAAUUCUUUUCAGCUUGUCGAUGUUUGUCUGAAUUUCAAUGGGGCUCGGACUAUGCAGAAACUGUUGGAGAAUUUGAGUACUCCCGAGCAGAUAUCCCUUGUUAUAUCAGCAUUGUGUCCUGGGGGAGUGGCUUUGGCUAAUGACCCAAAUGGUCAGCAUGUGAUAAGACAUUGUUUGAUAACUUAUCCCUACGAGUACCACAAGCACCUUCUCAAUGAAAUUGCCAGCAACUGCUGUAGGAUUGCCACAGACAAAAGUGGAUGCUGUGUUUUACAAGCAUGCGUGGAGAAUGCUCAUGGGGAAGCCAAAGAACGCCUCAUACACGAGAUCAUAACAAAUGCUUUACUAUUAGCUGAAGAUCCCUAUGGGUUCGGUUCUAUAUUCCCACUUGAUUAUCUUUUAUUUCAGCUGUGAAAGUAUGUUUACAUAUCCAUAACUUUUCAUAUUACCUUUCAUUACAUUCAGAAAUUAUGUUGUGCAACACUUGCUUGGGCUCAGAAUGCCACAAGUCACGGCCCUUCUCAUGGCAAAGCUUCAAGGCCACUUUGUUGCUCUCUCAAGUGACAAGUAUGGAAGCAAUGUCGUGGAAAAAUUCUUUGUGGAAGCAGGAAAAGAGCACUCCAUGAAGAUUAUCAUGGAAAUCAUCUCAAGUCCAAAUGCUGAGAUUCUGCUUGUGCAUCCUUUUGGAAACUUUGUUAUCCAGAAAGCGCUAUCAAUUGCGAGGGUAAUUGCAAAUCUCCCUAUUUACUCGACACGUACCAAUAGGCUCAUAUUCUUUGAUUUAAACUCUGACUUUUGUCCUUUCAGGGUAGUGACGUGUACUGUGCUUUGUGUAAUUUGAUCGAAAUGAAUGCCUCAUCGAUGCGCAGCAACCUCUUUGGAAAGAAGAUCCUUGCUUGGUUUGAAAGGAGGAAGCACCAACAUGUUGUAUAGGUUUGUAUCGCAGAGCCGAGUUCACUUUGCUGUUAUAGGAAAGAGCACCUACCCGAAGUUAUUCAGUCUAUUUUUGUAGUUGUUAUGUCAUUCACCUGUCAUCCUUGUAGAUUUUGUGGUUGUAGUUCCUUGUGUUUUUUACUGUCAUGGAGCAUUUGCCAAGUGUUGUUGUGGGUUAGCCAGAAGAAAAGCAAAACAAGAAAUCGUAUCUCCAAACAUGGUGAAGAAACUGGAGCUGCAAGAAGCAAAGUGUGGAAGGGAACAAGGGAUCCUGUGACAGUGGUACAAAAUUGUGUAGUAGUCCGGGUUCUUCCUUCUCCCACUCUACUGUCUGUGUUAUUACAAGUUUCAGUGGUGUAAAUUUUGGCCCUUUUUGUUUAGUGUGUUGUUUUUGGGAGGGUGUCUUCUACUUGUUAGGGGUUCUAGCCUUCUAGGAAUAAAAAAUGUGACUUGUGAAAGUGUCUGAAUCCUCAUCUGUUGUUACUUUACUCACUGAGCUAGUUUUAGUUGUUUCAUUUAUCUUUUCUUGCUUAUACAGUUUGCACUGAUGAUUAAUGUAUUAUGUAAAGCAAACUCAUAUUUUGCGAUGAAACACGGU